AGUUGGUAGGCCCUGCCGAAUAUACGGUCGAAGGUUCCCGUAGGGACCUUCGGGUGAUGUGCGUGAGUGAGAAGGUUGAAAAAGAGUCACAGAGGGUGAGGGCGCGGCAUGCGAAGUGCGACGAGAGCGGGCAACAGCAAAAUUUUCAGUUCCAAUAUCACGGAAGGAGGGCUCCGGUACGACUAACGACGGGGAAGAUGGACAUGAUGAAUCCUGGCUGGUUCAGCGAAAUCAGUGACCUGUGGCCAGGUGUCUCGUUGUCCCUCGAGGUUGUCAAAAUACUGCAUCGGGAACGGUCUCCGUAUCAAGACGUAAUGGUGCUUGAAACGAGAUCACAUGGAAGGGCUUUAAUCUUAGAUGGUAUUAUACAAUGUACAGAAAAGGAUGAAUUUUCGUACCAGGAGGCAAUUGCUUUUCUACCAUUGUGUAGUCAUCCAAAUCCAAAAACUGUUUUGAUCGUUGGGGGUGGAGACGGCGGGGUUGCUCGGGAGGUGGCAAAGCACCCUGAUGUCGAAAGAAUCGUACAAGUAGAAAUCGACGCGAAAGUACUAGAAGUAUCUAGGAAAUAUUUGCCUGUGAUGGGCGCAGGUCUUGAUCACCCAAAGGUCACCCUUAACGUGGGCGAUGGUUUCGAAUUUUUGAAACAACACAAAGGAGAAUUCGACGUCAUCAUUACAGACAGCAGUGACCCCGUUGUUGCUAAGGAAUAUAAUCUUAAAAGGCACUAUGACACAAAUCAUAAAACAAACUAUGACCAAUACGUUGCAAAACUUCGUGAAGACAAAUUGUCGGAAUUGAAAUCAAUUCUUCAAAAACAACAAAGUGUAUUCACGAAAUGUGUUGAAGACAAUACAGCUGCUGUAAAAGUUAGUUAUAUAUUAUCACAUUUAAUCGCAAGCAGAUCGAAAUCAUUUACUGAAGGGGAAUUUAUUACUAGCAGAAUUGACGAAAUAGCCGAGAAUUUGAGAAAUCAGCAUAAUUCAACAAUAUCAACAUUUCAAGCCUACUCUAUUGCAAUUGAUGAAAGUACAGAUAUUCGAAAUAUCGCUCAGCUGGCCGUUUUUAUUCGCGGAUGCGAUGUUAAUUUAAAAAUAAGUGAGGAACUUUUGGAAAUCAUUCCUAUGCAUAAUACAACCACUGGAGCUGAUAUUUUUGAUGCACUUAUGGAAGUUUUGAAGAAGUAUAAGUUACCAUUGGAAAAGUUCGUUUGUCUUGCAACUGAUGGUGCACCUACCAUGACCAGUAUUACUAAAGGAGUUGUUGCAAGGUUAAAAGAAACAUGCAAACAGCAUG